UUGGGGUCUCUCGGGCCACACUGAUCAGAUACAUAAAGCAUCGGAUGCCCCUCCCCGACCACCCCAUCACUCAAGAGUCGGCAGUGCCAUCCAAGAACCCGGUCCAAGUUCGACCAAUCUAACAUAUUCGAGACGUUCCCAUCUCAUGCACUGAACAUUCCCUUGUGUUCCUCUCUACGGCUCUUACCACCUACCAGCCAUGCCUUCCUCAAGCUCCAAGUACAAGCCCAAGCCCUCCGAGGUUGCUUCAGAAGCCAAGAAACAUUACAUCCCCACGAUCCGGAGGGACUACGCAUCGGUGUGGACGACGUGCUCGUACAUCUAUCAGCAACCGCUGUUGCAGAUCACCUUUGACGAGAGACUGGUUGAUCUCUCGCCUCCCCUUUUCUAUGUGUACAGUGGGGACCCCGUUGACUUCGCCCUUAAUUGGAUUCCGGACGCGCCACAGUGCACCAUUCCCUUCAUCUGCGCGGCCAACGAUAAGCGCCCGGGGGGAGACUGGGAGACCGGCGUGGUAGGCUAUGAGGAACGUCUCUGUCGGCGGAGCACCCUUGCAGCGUGCUUGGCAACUCCAGCGGAUGGUUCCCCGGUCAACAAUCAUUACCCGCUCCCGGUAUGCGCGGGAAUACUGUCACAACACGUCGUCGUGUUCCGUGGACCGCACGAUAGAUAUGAGCUGCGCCCUGAGCAGGAAUGGAGAUCACUGCCGGUCGUGUCAGUGCCGCCGCCGCGGUGGCCCAAGUUGACGCAGAACGGCACCAAGUAUUCCUUUGCCGACGAGCGCGAGAUGGUCAAGGACAAGCUCCGCGGUGCGCUCCGCAUCUGCGCCUACAACGGCUACAGCACCGUGGUGGUGGGAGAUUUUGGCUUGGGCAACGGCUACCGCAACCCACCUCAGGAGCUUGCCGAACUGUGGCGCGAGGUGUGCCUCUACGAUCCCGAUCUGCGUGGCCGGAUCCGCUGCGUGGCAUUCGUGUUCGAGGAUCCCACCCAGAGCACGACGCAACUGAUCCUAGACGACAUCGCGAAGAAGAACAAGGGAGCCAACGGCACGUCAAGCAAGCACAAGUCGAAGAGUGGUUCGGGCUCGAGCUCGAGUUCGAGCUCGAACUCAGCGACGGUGCUCUCGCCCACCGACUUCCAAAUCUUUUCCCACGUGUUCGACAAUGCUGAGAUCCAGAGGUUCCUUGCACAGCCGGAUGCGAGAUAUGGCUUGAACAAUCUGCUUGCCUGAUACGUGUUUUGGUUUCUACUGGAGUUAUGGCUUAGGCGUUCAGGGUCUGGGGCUAUGAAAGAUGCCUAG